UGCGUGUAUGUCUUGUGCGCAGUGAUCUACUUGAAUCACCCCCGGUAUAUAUAUCCCUGCCGACACACAUCCCACAGAAUUCCAGCUUUUAGAUUGUAUAACGUUCACUUCAGCUCUAAAGAUCAACAAAAAUGUCUAAACUUUCCAAAGAAGAAAUUGAAGAGGCCAAGGAAGUCUUUGAUCUUUUUGACUUCUGGGACGGUCGUGACGGAGUGGUGGACGCCGCCGCCAUUGGUGACGUCAUCAGAUGUGUGGGGCUGAACCCGACCCUCGAAAUCGUCAAAAAGAAUGGCGGCACAUCCAAAAUGGGUGAGAAAUCUUACAAAUUCGAGGAAUUCCUGCCAAUCUUUGAGACCGUCAUGAACACCUUAGAACAGGGCACCUUCGCUGACUACAUGGAGGCCUUCAAGACUUUCGACAGGGAGGGACAGGGUUACAUCACGGGGGCUGAGCUCCGACACCUCCUCUCCUCACUUGGUGAGCGUUUGACAGAUGACCAGGUAGACACAAUCAUCAGAAACACAGAUUUACAGGAAGACCUGGAGGGAAACAUCAAAACAUCGGUAAAAAAAUAUAAAGUGAUGGAGAAAAAUGUGUAUAGUCCAUUCCAAGAGUACGUUUAUGAUCCCAUAAUGGGCCUGGUAUCUGGUUCAGGAAAAGCCGCUGAAGAGGAACCAAAGCCGCUGGCUAAAAUCACCCCCACUCCACAGCCUCAGACAGUAGUGAAGAAAUCAGAACCAAAGACAGAACCAGUGAAGAGCACAGUCAAAGAGACACCAAGUCCUGCCCCAGCUCAACCAUCCCUCUCUGCUAAAGAGAGGGAAAAGUUAGACAUAGAACGAAAACUACAGCAACAGAGAGAGAAAGAAAAGGCUGAAAAUACAGCCCUGGAGUCCAAGCUGAAGGAUUUGAUGGAUUCCUGUAAAACUAGGCUCCAGGAGGCCUCAGAUCUACAGAAGGAUGUCAUAGAAUCAGUCAAACAACACUCCAAGGCCCUGCAAACGGCCAUGGAUGACAAAACAGAUAUUCUGAACAAGGAAGGACAGUGGCAAGCCGUGUCAGAGGCUUUCCAGAAAAGAGAGGGGGUCACAGACAACGCCAAAAAGGUCAUGGAGUCACUCAGAUCAGAAAUGGACAAACUGAAGUCGAUAGUAGAUGAUGCGAGAAACACAAAAUCAACAAAAAGUAACAAAGUCCUGAAUGCAGCACAAGAGGCGUAUAAUACAGCCAGCAGUAAACUGAAUGCCAUACAGUCAGCUAUAGCAAAGAGUGAGUCGGAGAAUGAAGGAAUUCUGAAAUUUAAUGAUCUGGUGGAGGAUGGGAAGAAGAAAUUUCAGCGAGAACUCGAGAGUUUGAUGCCCGACGUUAAACCGGGAAAAGGAAAGAAGCUGAGUGAAGACGAGUUAAAUUCGCUGAUCGCCCAUGCUCACCGCCGUAUCGAGCAGCUGCAGCACCAGUUGGCCAAUCACAUGGCUCUGGAGAAAGAGCGGAUUCAGGAGGCGUUAGAAAGUCAGAAACGCGCCGAUGACAAAGUGUGUGACAGACGAAUUCAGGACGAGUCUCAGAAAAUCAGGAAUAGCAUUGAUCUCGAAAAACGCAAAUGGGAAGAGGAGGCCCAGGUUCAGCAUGAGGUGGAUCUACGACAACAGCUGGCGAGACAGGCCGCCGCCCACAGUGACCAUCUACAGGAAGUGCUGAAGGUACAGGAACAGGAACUCCUACAGAAAUACGAGCGACAGUUCAACCUGAAGUUUAUAGAGGAGAGGCAGGCCUUCCAGGCCGAGAUCGCGGGGUGGGUGGCACGAUUGAAAGGCAUCGAGACCGCCGUAGAAAGCAGGGCUGCUGCUGAGAAGAUCGCCAGAGAAGCUCAGGAUCUGUGGCUGGCCAGCCUGGCUUUGAACGGCAGCAUUCGCCGGGGUAAAGAGGAGGAGUUAGAGUGGGAAGCCCGACUUAAGCCGCUCGGAAAUGAAAUUGUUGCGGUGUACGAUGCUGCCGGAAAUCACCCGUUUGUCAACGUGAUCGUCAGCACGAUCCCGGAGAAGGCCUACGUACGCGGUGUUUGGACCGAGGACACUCUGAGGGAAAGAUUCGAGAAAGUCUCCAGUGUCUGUAAAAAAGUGGCAGCCAUCGAUGAAUGUGGAGGAACCCUGUACAAGUACUUUAUAUCUUACCUACAGUCCGCCUUCAUAAGUUUUAAAAGUUACGACAUUAAAGGAUUAAAUGACCAAGUUGACAUUGCCAGUAUGGACAAUUUUGAAAUUUUGGCCAAUGCUAAUUUCUGGAUGGAGAGGGGAGACUUUGAGACUGCAGUCAGAUUCAUGAAUCAGCUGCAGGGCGAGGCCAAAAAGGUGGCCUCUGAUUGGUUGAAAGAGGCCAAGUUGCUAUUGGAAACACGACAAGCAGCCAUUGCCCUGACUGCCUUCGCAUCAGCUAGUGGUUUGGGAACAGUGUUUUGAAUAUGACUUGUUUUUUUGUGGAACAUAAAUGUUUAAAUAACCAGACUAUUUAAGAGAUGCUGUUUUGAUUUAUGAGAGAAAUAAAGAUGAUCAAUUACA